AUGUGCAGCGGUGAUUUGCUGUCGAGUGACGCCACUGCAGAAGGCACAGGUGGUGGAUCUGGUGAAGAGAAACAAGAAAGCAGUGACAUUGAAUAUCAGGCGAGUUCACCUUACCUACGAGUGUUCCUCAUCCGAUUGAAUACAGUGACCUUUUCAGGUCAAGAAGGAAUGCAGGCCGUAUUGGCAUCGGACUAUUCCAUAGGACAGUUCAGAUAUCUUGAGCGAUUACUGCUGGUUCAUGGAAGGUAG